AUGGGGAGAAGGAGAUGUGAAGAUAUGAUCAGAUUAUUGAUUGUAGUCAUUAUAACCCUAAUUGUGAUCCAAAUGGCAGUCCGGAGCCAAUCGUCGCCAAUCGGACAGCGAUUUGUCAGUUAUUUGCGUUCAACUGAUUUUAACACCGAAGACAAUAAGUGUAUCAAAGAUGCAGAAUAUCAGCAAAUGUGCGAAAGAUGUACCAAAUUAUCCCGAAAUGAAUACGUGUUUGCCUUAUGCUGUGCUAAAGACCAGGGCGUCGACACCUGGUGUGAGGAAUACAUCAAUUAUACCAUCGAUUAGACAAAUCGGGAAUAAUCUUAAGAAACCGUUUUAUAAUUAUUAUUGUUAUUUCUCAUCAGAAAAUGUGAUCUUUUUUUAAAUGUUGUUUUGCUUAACGAUUAUUCCCAUAAAACUAUUAUAUUUAAUGUGAUAUUUAUA